AUGAAUUUGUCGAGUAACACAACAUCUGGGCCCAAAUCCGCCUCUGCUGCUAUAAAUACGACAUACCGGGCUUGCAACUCUAGGUCAUAUUCGGCGUCUCUUGCUGCAAGCCCGACUUCCAACAUUAUUUCCACCAGCGGACCAAGCCCCUCGACGAAGAUAACAUCCGUCAGGAUGAACUCAAGUUACAACACCCAGAACCCUGCGUCCUCCAAGAAACAAUUAGAAUCCGAUGUGGGUGCAACAGGAGCCAAUCAAACCGAAUUGGAACUCGACCGAGCUCAAAACAGAGUCUCGAUAUUCAAUCCCAAUUACCGACCGCCCGAUCCAUAUAUCGUGUACAAUGAAAAGGCCGCCACCACUGAUGCGGACUUUCUUUCUGACUGCUACGAGAGCAUGGACACUCUUUUAGUCUACGCGGGAUUGUUGUCUGCCGUGACUGCUGCGCUGAUUGUGGAAACCUACAAAGAUCUGAAAGCAGAGCCUCUGGGUCGCACCGAGCAAGUGCUCGAGGCCAUCCUACGCCAUAUCGAAAAUCCAGCCGUGCGGACAUUUGUCCCUUCUUCCCACUUCAAACCAGCAACACAUGACGUCGUCACCAAUAUGAUGUUCUUUUUAAGUUUAUCUUUCAGUCUUCUAGCUGGACUCGGAGCAAUCCUUGUCAAGCAAUGGACAAGAAGAGCCUACAGAGGAUUAAACGUCAUCGUUGUUCCGAGGCAAAAGGCACGGGAGCAUUAUCGGCGGGUCGAAGGAAUCAAACGCUGGGGCCUACCAGAGAUUAUCGACGCUAUUCCUAUGCUACUCCAACUCUCCCUUUUCUUAUACUUCAUUGGCAUUUGCUUCUGGCUCGGCUUCCUUCAUUUGACCAUCUUUAUCGUCAUCUCAACGGUGCUAACCAUCGCACUAGGCUUCUACCUUGGUGCGGCGUAUAUCCCAGCUCGCUGGCCGGAUGCACCAUUCAAGUCGCCAACUUCUAGCCUGGUGGAGUGGUGCAUAGUCCGCAUUAAAUCGCUCGUGUCAAGAGCAGAGUUUCGAGUUUCAGACGAUGAGGAAAUGUCAACCUACAUCGUCAUCGGAGCACCACCCGUAUUGGCCACGCCAAUGGGUCGGGUCGGCGAAUUUGGGGACGAGUCGAACAUAGAUAGAAGAGAUAGCCUCGACUUCAAGAUUCUUCUCGACAUACUCAACCAUCCAGAUACCUCGAAAGGCAUUGAUGGAGUGGUUGACGACAUACGACUCGCCUUUACACAGCGCGAUACAGAGGUGUUUCAUCCCAUUGUGGAUGACGAGCUGAUUCCAACAGUUAUAGCCAAGGCAAGAGACUCCAUUCUCUCUUGCUUAGAGCUUCGGAAUCAUCGCACCGUCUUCAAUGAAAACGAGGUGGAGAAAUGUGUUCUUAACCUCCAAUUCUUCGAAGUAGUACUGCAGCGCCAUGAUUUCAACAGUCCCGAGGACCAAAUGAUACUCAACGACGUAUAUGAGGUCGUCGACCUUUUCCUCGACCGCGCUAUGGAAGCUCGGUUGCUUGACGAGAUCAUUCUCGCUGCUUCAGUGGCAUUUAGAAUCCGGCUUGCUCUUGGAAAGCGCUUCGACUGUGACCAAAUCCAGCGGAUCAUUAUCCUUCUCCGAGACCUUGGCCCUGCGCCGCGUCAUUGGGAGGACAGAGGUCUUCCUAAUGAUGAUUUCCUCCCAGAGUGGAUGUUCAAAGAGUAUGCGCGGUACCAAGAUCGCAUUGGAGCCGUCACUUUGGCUAUCCUGGAGCACAUCAGAGCCAGUUGGGUACAAAAAACCCCAAGCCAUACUGAAGAAGUGGCGUUGAAAGAGAUAGGAAGGCAGUUGGAAGGUCUUUUAGAAGUGGGUCGGUAUAAAGGGGACCGGGCACCAGACAGUUAUCCGGUUCUGCGGGAGGCGAUGUCUGGCCUAUGGAUGAGGUCACAAGGCAUGCCUAUUGCAUUAUGCAACUGGAUGGCGGUCCAAAUGAAUACUACUGGAAUCCGGGUCCAGAGGGAGGAUAACGGGCUGCAUUCGGUGGUGUACCUUUUUGAGGAUGAGGUUGAGCACAUAGAGGGAUGA